UUUAUUUAGCUGAGGUGAUGAGGCAUCAUAUCCAUUGUCUUUGUCAUUCAUCUUAAUGAGUUAAUAAUUAUAGAAAAUUAGUAAAUUAAGUAGAAAGGACAAAAUAAUAUUAGUUAAAUAUAUACGAAUGACAACUUACUCAAAUCGAUCGUGUUUCAAGGCUUUUUCGAGUUCUUUACGUCACCUCAUCAUUACAGGCUAUCAGAUUAAUGUUAGGAUCAUCCCACCAAAAUAAAAGCCCAACAGUUGCUGCUUUGCGUGUUUCUGGGAAAACGAAAGUGAAAGAGAAGCUGUGAAGACUUAACAGGAAGAAGAGCGACACAAACUUCAUCAGAGGAGUGAGAAGAACAUUUAAAGAUCUCUUGACGUUGGUUUUUUGAGAGUGUCGUCUCACAGGUUGUUUCCCGCACAGCAUGGACCUUGAAGAAAGCGAUUACAUAUUGGAGACUCAAGCCGAUGAGAAACAUUAUGAGUGGCAGCUGCUGGUCGCACAGCAGUGGCUGCGGAUUGACAACGACUUUGUGAUUGAGACCCACUACUGUCAACCUGGAGCCAAAGGAAUGACCAUCAACACCAUCCAUGGGCAGGUGUUCAUAGAUUUUGAUAAGCUGCAGACAACAAAUUCAGCCAUGAAGGUGCAGAGACGCAGCCUCCUCCGUCAGGGCCAGACGGAGGACGUCGGCUGGUACUACAGAGACGACCAGCUGUGGCUUGAAUACGGAUCCCAGAGCACCAGCGUGUUGUCCGCCUCCGUCAGCAGCAGAGACGUCGAGCGCCAAUUCGCUCGGAACCCUCAGGGAUCCUUCAGCUUCACCGUGGGCGCCAUAGGCUACAGACUCGACUUCUCCACCAUGAGCCAAAUAAACUGCAACUCAGGGAUGCGCAGGGAAGUACGCAGGCGACCGAAAUUCAAAUCCAACACAACAGGGAGCCUUUACGCCACCUCAGGUCUUCUUUCGGCCUCCUCUUCCCAGCUCAGCGACGGAGGCUUCAGGUGGGAGUUCAUGGGAGACGAGGGCGUGUGGACAGAAUACCAAGCGCAUGCCUGUUCGCUCGACAGCGCUGCCAUUGAGAGACAGUACCAGCUGGAUCCACGGGGCCAGCUGAGCUUCAGGGCCGGGAGAUUCUCCUACACUCUGGAUUUUUCAGCGAUGCAUCAAGUCAAUGACAGUGUGGGGACGAGGCGAGCAGUGAGGAGGACCGCAGACAGUCAACAGAUCAGCAGCGGUCGGGACACACCCAGGUGGCAGUUUCAGGAUACUGGCAGAAUAUGGAAAGAUUAUUCCAAAAAAAGUUAUGGCUGCAGCAUGUCCAGUCAGGACAUCGAGCUCCAGUACCAGCUGAACCCGUCAGGCACCAUGACGUUUACCACCAUGAGCUUCAAGUAUGAGCUGAACUUCGCAGCCAUGACUCAGAAGAACCUGUCCACAACCACCACCAGAUCAGUGCGACGACUCACCUAACCAGUGAAUGAUUCAGAAUUGUACGUUAAACGUGUUUAACAAAUGAUGUCAGGGAUUCUUUCUGCAUUGUUUACCUACUUACAAGACACUUUACCUCUCUUGAGCUGAGUUGUGUUUGAAUAGUGUGUUCUCCACGGUGGGGUCUAGGGAUUGGGUUAAGUUAAUGGUAGGCGUCAAGAGGAACUUUACCAAUAUUAAAAUCUGUUCACAAGUCUAGGGAGUAAUAUUCCAUCUGGGGCAAAAAGCUGCAUAAAGUCCUCUGUGGUGCUAGACGCAUGUGGUGUAAGAAAUAAGUGUUUACCAGAGUGCCAUUUGCUUUACAAAUCCAAACAUCUGACAAAAUUGCCAGUGGCCGUGUUGCAUUGUGGGUAAUGUAGGCGCCAGCCAUUCCCAAACUCAGGAGUGACACAGCUCCAUUUGAAACCAGAAAAUCUUUUGGAAGACAAAGUAUUUCACGCAAUGUAACUCCUUUUAUCAGUUCUAACUUUUCUAAAUGUAAAUAUGUAAUCAUGAAUAUUUUAUUGUAAUUUGAAUGAAUGUAAUUUUUUUUAUGUAUUGUAAGUGACCUUCAAGGUCCACCAGGGGGCAGCGGACCACAAUUUGGGAAACAAAUUGUUGUAGAUAAUGGUAUCGAUAAUAAAGAGCGUAAAGCUAAAGUCCUCAAGGAAACACAGAUUAAAGGAGAAAACUUUGACACAGACAAACCAAAGGGCUGUUUACCACGUUUUAUACAAUCCUGCCUAAUUAACUUAAAUUGUUAAUGACAAACACUGCCGUGUAAACAAUGCACAUGUAAAGAAAACUGUAAUGUUUACCUUUUGCCAAGAUACCUCUAAGUUAACUUGUGUUUCUUUAAAGACUUCUUUCCACAUACAUCAGACUUCACAGUGACAUAGGAGACAUCUUACACCCAGCAAUUGAAUUUUUGUGAAGGUACAGGUGCCAGCUAAUGAAUUUUAAAUGUGGUAAUUACACUUUUCUUCCCUGCAAAAAACAUUUCAGACAAACGCCAGAGAUCAUUUUGUGUGGAGGAGGAUCUUUAAUUAAACACUGCCUAUAAACAGUGUGCAGAAAGUGUGUAUGUAUCUUAAAAUGUUCAUUAUUACCAUCAUGUUUUCUUCGCUGUAGCUUCUUUCUUUCCUAAAUUAAAGCUACAUUAACUCCAA